AUGGGGUGGGGAGAUUUAGGGGGUGGGGUUCUCGGUCAACCGGCAAAGGAGACUCCUAACCUGGAUCAAAUGGCAGCAGAGGGCGUAACGUUGACAGACUUCUACACAGCGAACCCUCUCUGCUCCCCAUCAAGAGCUGCUCUAUUGACUGGCCGACUACCCAUCAGGAAUGGUUUCUACACAACCAAUGAUCAUGCAAGAAAUUCAUACACACCUCAGGAGAUUGUGGGAGGCAUUGCGGAUUUCGAACUCCUGCUUCCAGAGCUGCUUCAGAAAGGUGGAUACCACAAUAAGAUCGUCGGAAAGUGGCACCUCGGCCACCAGGAACAGUACCUGCCUCUGAAGCACGGAUUCCACGAGUGGUUCGGCGCGCCCAACUGCCACUUCGGUCCCUACGACGACGGCAAGACUCCCAACAUUCCCGUUUACCGGAACGCGGAGAUGGUUGGAAGGUACUACGAAGAGUUUGCCAUCGACAAACAUAAAGGCGUGUCGAACCUAACGCAGAUGUACAUAAAGGAAGCUGUGGAAUUCAUUGAAGAGCACUCAAACACGACUAAGCCGUUCUUCCUGUACUGGGCGCCAGAUUCUACUCACGGCCCCGUGUAUGCAUCCAUGCCUUUCAUUGGCAAAAGUCAACGUGGAAGAUACGGCGACGCGGUGAUGGAGUUAGACCACGGAGUCGGCGCGAUCCUCCGGACGCUCGAAAGACUCGCAAUCGACAAGCGAACGUUCGUGUUCUUCACGUCAGACAACGGAGCAGCCGUCUCCGACAGAGCCGCGAGUGGCAGCAACGGACCUUUCCUGUGCGGCAAGCAGACGACAUUCGAGGGAGGAAUGAGAGAGCCAGCUAUAGCGUGGUGGCCCGGCCAAAUCAAGAACCCAGGCACUAGAAAAAGGAGGCUGCCUGGAAAACUGGAAGUCUUUACCAGAGUUGAACUGAUGCUUUCAGUGAAAUUCCUAUGCCAUGCCGAGUGGAGACCAGUGUUCUUCUAUCGAGGAAAUGAGAUGAUGGCAGUCAGAUAUGGAUUUUACAAGGCCCAUUAUUGGACUUGGUCGAAUGGCUGGGACGAGAUUAAAGUGGGCAUCGACUUCUGUCCGGGACAGGUGUUGGCCAACAUGACGCAGCACGAGCAGCAGAACCACACGGCGCGACCCCUGCUCUUCCACCUCGGCCGCGACCCCGGCGAAAAAUUCCCCGUGAGAUUCUCCUCCCCCGAGUACGACGCCGCCAUGUCGCCGAUCCGACGCAUCGUCGUGGAACACAAGCGCAACCUGGUGGCGGGAACGCCGCAGCUGAACGUGUGCGACGUCGCAGUGCAG